AUGUUCCGGAAUCGACAACAGAGACGGCAAAGGGACACGCAAGGAGUGAUGCUGCUAGCAUUUCAUCUAUUGAACGCUGGACCAAUUCCACCAGUUACACUUAUAACAAUCCUGGCACAAAUGGCAAUCUAUCUGGAUUUCAUCCCGUUUCUUGGGCCUGAAAAGACGUUGCAACUCUGUCUUCGACCCGACCUCAUCAUCCAACAACGCCAAUUCUAUCGCUUGAUCGCGCCGGUUUUUAUGCACGCUGAUGAUUGGCAUCUCUACUACAAUAUGGUCUCAAUGCUGUGGAAAGGAAAACGAAUGGAGCGAAUGAUGGGCGGAGUGCAAUUCCUCGCCAUCUUGCUCAUUUUCGUGGUCCUAACCCCGGUUGCAACUGUCGGAAUCUCGCUGGGACUUGAUCAAAUUUUCGAUACAGCUUAUUCAUAUCAAUGUGGAGUCGGUUUCAGCGGUGUCCUCUUCGCGUUGAAAGUCGUUCUGAACCACUUGCGACCACAUGAUCACGAGUUUCUUUUCGGUUGGCUACCCAUUCCGACACGAUACGCUAGCUGGAUUGAGUUAGGCGUCAUACAAAUGCUAACUCCAAAUGCUAGCUUUGUCGGCCAUCUUGGCGGAAUCAUUUGUGGACUUGCAUACACCAACGGUCUACUCAACGUCGUUUAUUACCCUCUCGUCUCAUUCCUUGACACAGCUUUGGGUGGACUACUCGAGAAUGGCACAGACGAGGAGCCAAGAAGCAAUUGGAGUAAUUGGUUUGGUAACUCGAGAAAUCAACAGAAUCGCUGGUCUGGGAGCGGUCAACAAAUAGGACGUCAGCAAGGGGAUUGGAGUGCGUACACGGGUGGCCUAUCCGAGGAAGAGCAAAUGAACCGCGCUCGGGAAGAAAGCCUACGACAGCGAAGGGGCUACGGAUGGAAUGUACAA